AUGACAACUAUUGCAUUGAGAAACUUUAACCCAAAGAUUAGCGUUUAUGCUCAAAUCAAUUUAAUAGAAUCAAAAAAUUUGAUUCAAAAAGCAGGUGCUAGAGUAAUCGUCUGUUACGAAUCUAUUUGUUCGAAGGUAAUGUCUGCUUGCUCUACAGCUCCAGUAUUUUCUUGCUUUCUGUAUAAUCUACUAAGUGGAGCUGAUGUGGAUAUUGAACAUGACAAGUUGAAAGACUAUGUCUUUUCUGAAAAUUUAUCGGAACAAGAGAACGACAUUAAUUGGAUUAUUGAGUAUUCUGAUGGAAUGAACAAUGAAUUAUAUCGAGCCAAGUUCAGCCCUGUAUUUUAUGGAAGUCUAUUUAUUGAUGUUGCUGAAUUGUUGAGAAGAUCUGAUAUUACUAUCUUUGCGCUGGAAAGUAAUCAUACAAUUCAUAUUAACCCAUCAGGUCAUAGAAUCAAGGAGGGUGAUAGAUGCUACUGUAUUGCGCCUUCUAUUGAAUAUGCUGAAUUGGUCGAAAAAUUCAAAAUAUCUGCUGCUGAGCUCUCAAAGUUUAAAUCUGGAAAGGAGGAAGAGGAGAUUAUUGAAUACAAUCAAACAGAAGAAAAUAACGAAGAAGCCGAGGUAUUUGAACAAGAAUUUACAGAAUAUCUAAAACCUGCUAGCUCUUCAAACAGUAGCUCUAACCAACAACAGAAAAAGGUUGAUAAUGAGAAAUGGGUUUUAAGAAGUCCUAGACUAAGGGUGACACCCAGAUUACGUAUCAAUCAGUUGCUGAGGAUGAGAACUGAAACAAAUGUUGAUAUCUCUCUACUAAGAGAUGAGGAUGAUGAUCACAACACUCACUUGGAAAUUUUGCUAAAGUUAAUUUCUCCAGAAUCAUACUUUCAAGAAAAACGAAAGUACUUGCAAUCUAUCAGAAAUACAUUUACAGGAAGUGAGUUGGCCGAAAAGGAGAAGGAAUUCUACAGCAAAAUUACACAAAUUUAUAAUAUGGUAGACCGACCAUUCUCCAAAGAUGAGAUUUUCAUCCAACACCACAAAGAUAAGAAUAUUAGUGAUCACCUAAUUAUUCUUGGAGAUUUCAGUCAACCAGCUAUUGUGUGCGCAUUGUCGAGAUCUCUUCAAAGGCACUCGAGAGAUACCCAAAUUGUAUUAAUGACCGAUAAGACUGAUUAUUUGGAUCUAAUUUACCAAAGAUUAAGAUACUUUAAUAAGGUUUAUAUUAUUUUAGGAAAUUAUUUGAAGACAACACACUUGAGAAGGGCAGGGUUUGGUGUAUGCAAGAGAAUUUUAUUUUUCGCAACUGAGGAUAAGGAUAAUGAAAUUAUCAAUGAAUACACUAUUGAUUCGGAGGCAAUUAAGCUUUCUCUAGGAAUUUCAGUCAUGGAUAAGAGUAAGGGUUAUGUUAUUGGUAAGUUUAUCAUUCACUUUCAUUGUUCAUCUAAAGAAUUCAUAGAAUUGGUGAAUAGAGCUAAUAUGAAGUUCUUUCAACAUCAGGGAAUUCCUACUCAUUUAAAAGUUAAGAAAAUGAGAGAGGAUGGUCUUUUAGAUUAUGAUAUUGACGAAUUUGAUCAAUUUUGCUUAUUUUCUGAUUAUUACAUCUCUGGAAGAGUAUUUCCAUCCUCUUCCUUCCUAAGCAAACUGUUGUCUCAAUCAUUUCACAAUAGAAAGAUAGUUGACCUAAUUGAGCAAUUGUGUUCAGAUGAAUUUACAUCAGGCGAUCAUCAAUCUGUUGUAAUUGAAGUUCCUCUUCCUUCAGUAUUUGUUGGUAAAUCAGUUCUCCAAUUAGUAACAUCGUGCUAUCAACACAAUUUGAUAUUAUUAGCUUUGAGUCGAGUCAAAACAAACAAUCCAUCCGAUAGAUACGUUUACACAAAUCCUUCGCUCUCUAAAACACUUGUACAAACCGAUCUAGUAUUUCUGUGUGGACACAGAAACAAUAUCAAGAGUCUUGUUGCAACAAGAGGAUCUAUGGAUCGCUUCUUUACAAGAUCUUGGACAAGUAAUAAUCUAUUCUCAUCACCCAUUUCUGAUAGCUCAGACGAUGAAGGUAAUGAUAAUAUUCAAGUAGAACGAUUCAAAUCUGAACAAGAGAUAACAAUUCAACAGGAAGAAGUUUGA